UGAUUUUGCAUUUCUGGGGGGGGAGAACUGUUAGUUAACAAAACAGUUCUCCCUGUCAGCUUGUGCACACUGCUUUGCAUGCCAGCCAUGCAAAGCUGUGUGCUUACAGUGAAGCACACAGACACAGCCCCCUAGUAAAGCACACCCAGCACACAGUUAACCCUUUGAUCGACCCCAGAUGUUAACCCCUUCCUGUCCAUUGCCAUUACUACAGGGUCAGUGCUUUUUAUUAGCACUGAUCAAUGUAUUGGUGUCACUGGGGAUGUCAGUGACACCAAUCAGUUCCCCCCCAGUGUCAGAAUGCCCGCCGCAGUCCCGCUAU